CUGUUGCCGGUCCGCCACAGUCACCGUUGACCUCCAGUCUGCUGCCGUCGACCUCCGGUCCACCACCCAGCCUUCUAUGUGCAUGCUGCAGCACCGAGGAGAGACCGUGAGCUGCCGCCGUCGACCUUCGUGUGUAAUCCAGUAGUUGUGGCGCAAGGAGAGAGUCGAGAGACCGUGAGCACCGCCGAGAACUAGACGGUCGAGCAGCCCCCGUCGACGCAGUUCACUUGGACGAUCGAGAACUUCUCGAGGCUUAACUUGAAGAAGCACUACUCUCAUAUCUUCGUCGUUGCCGUUGGUGGUUAUAAAUGCUGAUUUCAGGAGGAUUUUGAUCUUCCCAAAGGGGAAUGACAUAGACCAUUUGUCUUUGUAUCUGGAUGUGGCGGAUUCGACAACUUUGCCUUAUGGAUGGAGUUCAUGUCCUUGACUUUUGUAGCCAGCCAGGUGACAUGAGCAACCACUAGGAUCUCCAAGCCGGCUAUCAUCUCCACAAGGGCAAAUCCCAAAGACGUUGAAGCAAAAAGUGUUUACACAAAGGAAACCACAAGGAUCACCGAGCCAGCCCUAGAGGCAAUCACAAGGAUUUUCGAGCAGAGGUUUUCAUUUCUACAUGGGCAACCACAAAAGUCUCCAAAGUAGGCCUUCACUUCCACGGGGGCAACCACAAGGCUAUGCAACCAACCGGCGUUUACCUCCACAGGAGCAUCCAACUGGCGUUUAUGUCCACACAGACAACCAGAAGGAUACUCACCGCCAUGGAGGUAAUCAUAAGUCCCUCUACGAGGGCAACCAUUGGAAUCCUCAAUCCGUGCACACAAGCAAUAGAGGCGUUCACAGCCUUAUGAGCAAUCAUGAGGCCCCUCCACAGGGCAACAAGAAGAAUCCUCAAUUCAGACUUGACGUCCACACGGGCAACCAGAAGGGUACUCAAGCAAGCAACGUUCACCACCAUGAGAGUGAUCAAGAGUCCCUCCAUGGCGGCAACCACUGGGAUCCUCAAUCCAGCCUUUACGUCCACAUAGGCAGUAGAGGCGCUCACCUCUAUAGAAGUGAUAAUCAUGAGGCUCCUCCACAGGGCAGGAAGAAGGAUCCCCAAUUCAGACUUGACGUCCACACAGGCAACCAAAAAGGUACUCAAGCAAACAACGUUCACCACCAUGAGAGUGAUCAAGAGUCCCUCCAUGGGGGCAUCCAUUGGAAUCCUCAAUCCAGCCUUUACGUUCACAUAGGCAACAGAGGCGCUCACCUCUAUAGGAUUGACAAUCAUGAGGCCCCUCCACAGGGCAACAACAAGGAUCCCCGAUACAGGACACGCAACCACAAGGAAAGAGUUGCCCAGCAGCUCGCCGCUCUUGCGCUAUGGGGCAAUCACGAGGAUCGACAACCCGGCGGCCUUACCUCCAGAAGCCCAAGAAUAUUCACGUAAACGGCAAUGCCCAGCAGUUCGCCGCUCUUGUGGGAGGAGGCAAUCACGAGGAUCGACAACCCGGCCUUUACCUCCACAAGGCCAAUCACUAGCAUAUUCAAGCUGCCACCGUUUUACCGGAACGGAUUGCGUACAAGGCCGAUCACAAGCACAAGGAUAUCGAAGCAAGCAUCGCUUCGAAACCGGUUAUGUGCUCAAAAAAUUCUAAAAAUAUAAAAAAGCUUUUUAGAAGAAGAAAAAAAGGUUAAGGGCGUGUUUGGAUACCCGCUCAAACACUGGUUUUUGCCUGUGAAACCCUGUUUUGGGGGUGUUUGGGCAUAGUCCAAACUCAGUAUUAAGAAAACAGAGUUUUCAACAAGUUUUGCAUAACCUGGUGGGGUUUUUUUUUUGGCAGCCAAAACAGCGUUUUGAGCAUGUGGGGCGUCUGUAAAUAAAAGUAUUCAGUAUGUGGGUGGGCAAUCGCUUCUUGGGUUUUCUCUCCAGCGAAGAGGAUGAUGGUGGCGACAAAGGUUCAGCAUCUAUACGGUGGAUGAGGAUGCAAGGAGGCUGGUCCUUUAUAUAUGCACUUAUGAAUGUUUGAUUUAUGCUUCUUUAAAUAAAAAAACUUUCAUUGCCUAGAGGUGUUUGUUAUCUAUGCAGUCGCGAAGUUCCCUCGCCAAGAUUUGAUCAUGCAGCUACAGUACAUGUUGAGCAUUAUCUUUUAAUUUUUGGUGGUAGUUCUCAUUCGGCAUGCUUUGAUGAUCUUCAUCUUCAUGUAUUAGACUUACACACAGUGAAUAUCUUGAGUAGUUAUAAUCUCGGAUAAUUUUAGAGUUUAUCUUCUGUUACUCCAAAGUUCUUUCAUGUGCCUGAGAACUUGGAAGUCCUUGUCUGCUGCAAAUGGCUAGCUAGUUUGUUUGGGUUGGAACACAUAACGACGUGAUCCACACAAUGGCUAGCUAGUUUGUUUGAGUUGGUGCAUCGAAAAACCAUCUUUUGUCAUCCAAACAAAAACCAGAUUUUCAAAAGUGAAAAGCUUGUUUUUGUCAUGCACCUAAACAACUAAAACCAGAUUUUGAAAACUCUUCAAGGAAGUAAUUUUCACAAAACCAAGUUUUGAUGAAAACCAUAUCUUCAAGAGGUUCAUCCAAACGCUACCUAAAAGUUUAUAAUGUAAAAUUUUUGUAAAAAAAUUUGAAACUACUUCAAUCCUCUUUUUUUUUUUUUUCCCCUUCUGCGCAUUUUUCACCCUUCUGUGUAUUUGUAUGUGCACAUUUUAACAUCUCCUGUUUUACUUCCACAUGGGCAAUCACGAGGAUUAUCAAGCCAGCCUUUACCCGAAAAGAGGCCGCAAGGCUAUUCAAGCAAGCAGCGUUUACCUCCACAAUGUACUCAAUACAAGAAUGCAGGGGAAACCAGUUACAACGUGAAUUACAAUGACAACUUUACAUCUUUUAUCAAGUAAUGGUUCCAAACCAGGGAAGAUGUAGUUCCCAAUUUUUGGUGGUAUAUUUGACAAACCAAGAACAACGUUUUCCAUGGGGAGCAGCAUCUUCAUAUACUGACUUUGGCUAGUCGAAUUUUGCGUCAUGUUCGCACUAUAGUGGCUCAACGAUGGGCAAUCCAGUUCUCACCAUUGUCUAUGCUGGGCCUUUUGUUCCUCAGCCUUCACGAUGCUUGAUGCAAUAUUGGCUCUGUUUUCUUCAU